UGACCCACGUUUCCUGAACGCGUUAUGAAAGGCAGUAAAGCACGGUUUUAUAACUAUUUUUCUUAACAGAAUACGACAUUUUAACAAAUAUAGCAAAUCAUAACAGGUGGGCACUGAUAGCCCGAUUCUGCCUGGCAACGUCAUUGGAGCAAACCAUCUGGUUACUAAGAGGGGGAACCUGCUGCCUAAAACCGUUAUGGCACACGCAGAGGUUUGCGUAUGUAUCUCCCUUAACCAAUGAUGACUUCUCAGCCAGCGCCACAGCGAGGAGAGCCGUUGCUGACCCACGUUGAAAAAGGGAAAGAAAGCGGCCUGCACGCCAGGGGCCAGUGGGCAAGCAAGGCCGAGUUCCUUCUGGCCGUGGCGGGACAGAUCAUCGGUUUGGGCAACGUCUGGAGGUUCCCUUACUUAUGCUACAAGAAUGGAGGAGGCGUGUUCUUUGUACCGUACCUUUUGUUUCUGGUGCUGUGCGGUAUCCCGUUGUUCCUUCUGGAGACUUCGCUGGGCCAGUACACCAGCCUGGGUGGAGUCAGCGCAUGGAGAACCAUCUGCCCAAUAUUCGGAGGUCUUGGCUACGCAAGCCAAAUGAUGAUCCUGCACGGAUGUGUCUAUUACAUCAUCAUACUAGCCUGGGCUCUCCUGUACUUGUCCUACAGUUUUCAGGCUGAACUUCCUUGGUCACACUGUAACAACUCAUGGAACACAGAGGCUUGUUUUAUGUUUGACUAUCAAAACCAGACGGCUAACGUGAGCAGCCUGCCUGACAACGCCACUUCUCCCAUUAUGGAGUUUUGGGAGCGAGAAGUGCUCCACCUGUCUGAUAAUUUAGACAAGCUCGGGCCAAUAAGUUGGAAACUUGCACUGUGUCUUGGCGUCGUCUGGCUGGUUUGUUACUUCUGCGUGUGGAAGGGGAUUAAAUCCACGGGAAAGGUCGUGUAUCUGACUGCGACCUUUCCGUAUGUUAUGCUGUUUAUACUCCUGGUGCGCGGCGCCACCUUGCCGGGAGCAGCCCAGGGAAUCAUCUACUACCUCAAACCUAACCACACUCGAUUAGCAGACCCGCAGGUGUGGAUGGACGCAGGUACCCAGAUCUUUUUUUCCUACGGAAUCUGCUUGGGAAGUUUGACCGCCCUGGGCAGUUACAACAAAUACAACAACAACUGUUACAAGGACUCAUACCUUCUGUGCCUGUUGAACAGCAGCACCAGCUUCCUGGCAGGGUUCGCCAUCUUCUCAGUACUGGGAUUCAUGGCGGAGGAGCAAAGAGUGGACAUCGCCACUGUGGCUCAAUCAGGGCCCGGCCUUGCCUUUAUCGCCUUCCCCAGAGCGGUGGCCAUGAUGCCUCUACCCCAACUCUGGGCUAUCUGCUUCUUCCUCAUGAUCAUCAUGUUAGGACUGGACACACAGUUUGUGAGUCUGGAAGCACUGAUGACAUCCGUGACCGACUUGUACCCCAACUUGAUCCGACGAGGCUACCGCAGGGAGCUGCUGCUGCUCUUCAUCUGCGUCGUGUGCUUCUUGAUCGGCUUGAUUAUGGUGACGCCGGGUGGUCUUUAUGUGUUCCAGAUAUACGAUCAUUUCUCCUGCAGUGGAGCCAGUCUGCUGCUUCUCUCCAUCUUCCAGUCUGUUGCAAUAGGAUGGAUUUAUGGUGCUGAGCGCUUUUCUUCGAACAUCAAGGACAUGACUGGCCAUAAUCCACUGUUUCUCUUCAAACUGUGCUGGAAAUACCUGACGCCUGCUGUAUGCACUGCCACGUUCCUGUUCUCCCUGGUCUGCUGGUCUCCAUUGAGCUUGGGGAAAGGUCUCGUCGCCCCUGGUUGGGCCACCGCACUGGGCUGGCUCCUCACCUUCUCUUCCGUGUCUCUGCUCCCCAUCUGGGCCAUCUACGCGCUGGCCGUGACGCCCGGCACCCUCGCGCAGCGCUUUCAACGCCUGUGCAAGCCCAGCAUGUCGGUCACCUACAGCCUGGCGCUGCCCCUCGAUGAGAAGCCAAAGGACGACAUCGUUCGAGACUGAUGCCUUCGAGCCAAGCAAAUACACUUCAGAUUGUAUAGUGGAAAAGUUUUUUUUUUUUUUUUUUAAACGGUGCCAAAUUUUGAUAAAAAUCCAUAUUUUGCAGUAUAUUUGGUUGGUAAUCAUUACAUUUGUGAACCAACAAACUCAUUCAGAGCUUUUUUGAUUACUGAAAUUAACAAAUAUGUUUAAAAAAAACACUGGGGGAAUACAUAAGUACAUAAAAGUAAACAUUGAAAUAUAUGACGGAAAACACUCAGGUGACUUGAAGUUCCACUCUGAGACCCCCAGUUUGGCCAAAUGUCAAAAUUGUCCGUAGCAAGCGUGAUACAUUAUUGAAAAGCCUAAAGUCUCAAUUAUCCGGGGUAAGAAAAAAUUUGGACAGGAGGACCUUUUUUUUUUUUUUUUUUUUUUUUUUUUUUUUUUUUUGUUAAUGUUUUUAAACGGCAAAACCCUAUCUGGAAGUGAGAGCAGAAUUACAGACGCCAUGACUUUAACGAGAUAUUAUCACGUACUUACCUUGUUUCGAUCCAAAAACUCUAUGUGACAUGUAUCACCGAGUGUCAAGACACAGCUGUGAAUGGCCACAGCUGGAUUUUGGGGGGAUUUUAUGGAUGAAACAUGGUAAUAUAACAAGGGUUGCUAUGCAGAAAUCACAGACAUCAAGGAGUGGUCGAGAUUUUCAUUUUCAUAUAUUUACCCUUUUAAACAUUUUUUGUUUUUCAAUUUUUUUUUUGUUUGGAUCGAUUAUCAUCUAACAUAUCGGAGAAAAUGCGACAGGAACAAAAAAAUACAAUUAAGCAAUAGUUAUGAGGUAGAUAUCCGUGACUUUUUUACAGACGCCAAAUUUUUCAUUGUGGCGUAAUUCGUUUAAAAGUUUAAAAUAUGCGAGUGAAUAAUUGUUUAAAGUCGUUUUUUGUUUUUGUUUUGUUUUUUAAACUAAAAUUUAGAAAUCAAUUAAUGAUUCAAAGCUAAAAAUGACAGAAAUUUUGAAUAAUAAAUAUAAUUACUUACCUUUUUAUGGCUAGGUUGAAACAAAACCGGUUGCGCGACGUCUGUUAAUGAGGGUUUUGAGGGUAAAACGGACAACUUAAAAUAGUUCGGAGGCUUAGUGCGCCAUGAAUCUGCUAUGGCAGCAUAUAGACAUAUUGUUCUAUCAAACACAACAGUUGUUUUGGCUUAAAAUAUAGUAGUUUCUUUUAAAGAGGAGUGCAAGAGCAGAAACUGCUUUUUCAGUCUUGUCUGUUUUCCGCCAUAUGUAUACGUAUAUAUGUAUGAAUAGAGUACUACCUAAUACCUAAAAAAAUGUGUUUAAUUAUGGCGAUUUCAUAUGAAACUAACAUUAUUUUUCAUUCAUUCAUUUAAUAUGUCAAAUUCAAGAAAAGAAAGAGUAGAAUAGCACAAUAAAAAAUACAACACCAUAAAAUGUGAAUAUAUUGAAUUUUACGAAUCAUAAAGAAAUUGAAUAGGAAAUGUAGAAAACUAAAAAAAAUAAAUAAAUAAGAGUAUAGAAGACUACAUUUAAAAUAUCCAUCAAAAAAUUAUACAGUGAUAUAUAUGUAGUGAAUUUUACAAAUCAUAAAGAAAUGGAACAAAAUAUUGAAAAAUAUUUAUGAAUAAAUUAAAUAUUCAAGAAAAUAUUUGGAGGAUAUAUAGCUACAUAGUUUUUUUUAUAUUUACAUUUAAAAUAUCCAACAAAAAAUUGGAAUAUAAUGAAUUUUACAAAUCAUAAAGAAAUGGAUGAAAAUAUAGAACAAUAUUCAUGAAAAAAUUAAAAAUUCAAGGAAAUAUUUUGGAGGAUAUAUAGCUACAUAGUUUUUUUUUUUUUUUUUUUAAUAUUUACAUUUAAAAUAUCCAACAAAAACUGGAAUAUAAUGAAUUUUACAAAUCAUAAAGCAAUGGAAGAAAAUAUAGAACAAUAUUCAUGAAAAAAUUAAACAUUGAAAAUAUUUUGGAGGAUAUAUAGCUACAUAGUUUCUUUAAUUUUUUAUUUUCUUUAAUAUUGUUUAAAUAUAUACAGUGAGGAGAAGAAGUAUUUGCACCUCUUGUGUUUUGCAUGUUCACCCAUUUAGAAAAUAGAUAGAGGUCUGAAAUUUCAAUGAUAGAUGCAUUUCCACUUAGAGACAUAAUUAAAAAAAAAAAAAAAUCUGGAAUUCAGAUUGUAUGGUUUUUCAGGAAUUUGUAAUUUACUAGGGUUCUACAGUAUUUGUACCCCUGAGAAAAUCAGAGCUAACAUUUAUUGCAGAAGCCUUUGUUACAGAGGUCAGAGGCUUUCUGUAGUCUUCACCAGCUUUUCACAUAUGGAAACAGGGAUUUUGGCCCAUAGGUUUUAGCUCUAUCCAAAGAUGUUCUAUUGGAUUGAAGUCUGGAGACUGGCUAGGCCACUCCAGAACCUUGAUAUGCUUCUUACACAGCCACUCCUUAGUCAACUUGGCUGUGUGCUUCGGAUCAUUGUCGUGCUGGAAGAUCCAGCCACGACUCAUCAAGUCUUUGACUGAGGGAAGGAAGGAGGUUGUGGCUCAAAAUCUGACGAUACAUUUCACCAUUCAUCCUCUCAUAGACUUUAUAAUAUAAAAUCAACAUGAAAUAUAAAUGAAAUAUACCGCUCACAUAAUGCAUAUAAUUGCUCAUCAUGGACAAUAAUCAGCAAGGAAAUUAAAAUAACAACCUAGAUUGACAAGUGAAUUGGGAAACAUAACAAACUUUUAGCCUCAACAAUGUAGUCAAAGGGGCCAACCAUUAGCGUUAGCAAUUAGCAGAUAGCAGUUAGCUCACAGCGGCUAGCGAAUGCAACUGAUUAUUAGCUGAGGAACUGUCAUUAACCAAACGUGUUUAUGCAUUGUUAAGGCACACUUCAACACUAUACUUCUCUCAUUUACACACAACUUUCAGAUUGUAAGUAAACAUGACGGUAGUGUGGGGAACAAACUACACUGCUGUGAAGGGAGGAGAGAGUUAAACUAGCGAGCUUCACUCUUCUUAAAGGGCCAGCAUCGCAACAGUUAAACUAAAGCACAUAUACACACAAUGGGCUUUCCUACAAGAUUCUUGGUUAAAAGCAACAACAAAAAACUGGCAUUUAUCAUUAAUUUUACGUAAUAUUUCCAAGUAUAGUGAGAAAGUUAGCUAAUGAGAAAUCCAAGAUGGCGGCCGUAGCAGCUAAUUUUUCCAAUUGUAUUCAUGUUUCCAAAUGCAUGCAUUGUGCGAAAAAUAUAAUAAUUACUUGAAUCCUCGAUCAAAUCACUCUUGAGUCACUCAUGCCUGCUUGUAGGCUUAAGUUUCAUCCUGUUUCAACCUAAAACCGGCGAGUGUGUUUGAGAAUUGCUCUCCCUGCCAGGGGACCGGGCUGGUGUAGGUUGGGCCGGCCCCCUACUUGAAGGCAUGCAGUGUCUGGGGAAUGUGACCCGUCAAUAUAAUUAUGAAGUCUAUGAUCCUCUUUAUACAGUACAGUCGUCAUAUCCCCUUUGCCGAAAAGCAUGAGGUUUUUCCUCCCCCAUUCUUCACAGUGGGGAUGGUGUUCUUGGAAUUGUACUCAUCCUUCUUUUUCCCUCCACACACGAUGAGUAAAGUUUGCACCAAAAAGUUCUACAUUGGUCUCAUCUGACCACAUGACUUUCUCCCAUGACCCCUAUGCAUCAUUCAGAUGGUCCCUGGCAAACUUCAGACGGGCCUUCACAUGUACUAGCUACAACCUUCUGAGCAAGCCAUGAUUUAAAACCAUUGCACCGUAGUGUUCUACUGACAGUAGCCUUUGAAACUGUGCAUCCAGCUCCCUUCGGGUCAUUGACCAGCUUCUGCCCUGUAGUUCUAGGCUCAGCCCUCACUUUUCUCAUCCUGAGUGAUGCCCCACGAGGGGAGAUUUUACAUGGAGCCCCAGUCCGAGGUAGAUUAUCAGUCAUGUUUAGCCUUUUCCAUUUCUAACAGUUGCUGCAACUGUUGAUUUAUUCUCACCAAGCUGUUUUCCAAUUGUCCCAUAGCCUUUUCCAGCUUUGUGGAGCGCAGCCAUUUUUUCUCUGGUGUCUUUCAAAACCUGUCUGGUCUUGCCCAUGGUAACAGUUGGAUUAUGACUGACUGUGGGGUGCAAAGGUGACAAUAUUGAGCUCAAACGGGUGGUGGGUAGGUGGUUACUCAUGACAACUAUUUGACUGUCAUUGCUGAUUUUCACAGGGGUGAACCUUAUGAACCCCAGUAAAUUUCAAAUAAAUAAAUAAUCAUACAAAGUGAUUUCUGGAUUUUUUUUAGAUCGUCUCUAUGAGUGGAAAUGCAUCUAUGAUUGAAAUUUCAGAGCUCUACCUAUAUUCUAAAUGGGUGAACUUGCAAAAUCACAAGGGGUGCAAAUACUUCUGCUCCUCACAAUAGAGUUAGGAUAGGAUAUGUUUAUUACACACCAUUGGUCACACUUUUGUAUUCCUCCAGAUGCAUUAUGUGUACUAUUUGUGAAAUUUAAAUUCAGGCGUUAAGAUGUUAGAAUAUGUCAUGCCAUUAGGGAACGUUGGAAUAAGUAUAUCACUGUACUAUGUUAAAUUAACGGGUCGGUAGAACGGACUCUUGCACUGACAGCUGUUGCUUUUUUUGUGUCUUGAAAAUUCAGCAGACUACUGAUUUUAAGACAUGAAAGUGUCAUUUCAUAGAACCGAUAUGUGACAAGGCACGGCAAAAUGAGUCAGAGUGAUCAAUUAUGAUUUUAAAUUUUUGCAUAAUCAAGCAUUCCACUGACAUAUCAAGCAUUUUGCUAUGAAAAUGUAUCCUUAACAAUCACGCUGGGCAAACAUUAAUGAGCUACAGAAUACUCAUUGACAGCGCAAGACAUCCAAUUCAUUUUGAAUACGAGGGGCACGUGAACGAAUCAACGAGAUAUGACCAAAAUCAACAGGAAGUGACCUGGAAUUGAACCUAAGUCAAAAUUUAAAAAUAAAAGUAACCCAGAAAUGACCAACUAUUUACAGGGAAUGAACCAGAAAUGCCCCCAAAAUGAACUGGAAGUGAAAAAAAUACAUUGGAGUAACCCAGAUAUGACAACAUAAACAGGAAGUGAAUCAGAAAUGCCAUAAAUGGGAAGUACAUGUAAAUGCCCCCAAAUCAAAAGGAAUUGACCAAAACAUACAGGAUAAAAACCAGAAAUGACCCAAAAUCAAAAGGGUGACCUACAAAAGAGCCAAAAUAAACAGGAAGUAAACCGACAGUAUCAACAGAAAGUGACCCAGAAGUUGCCUGAAAAAUUAACAGGAAGUAGUCAAAAUACACAGGAAGUGACCCGGAAAAUACCUAAAAUCUACAGAAAUGCCCAAAAAACAACAAAGUGACCCAGAAUGCAACCUUAAUUAACAGGAAAUGACCAAAAUAAACAAGAAGAAAUUUAGAAAAAUACCUAAAAUGUAAACACACCAAAAUCAACAGGAAGUGACUUGUAAAUGCCCCAAAAUCAAAGGGAUUCGACCAAAAUAUACCGGAAGUUGCCCAGAAAUGGGGAGACCCAAAGGGAGACCUCGGAAUGCACCAAAAUCGACAGGAAGUGACCCUGAAUUUAAAAAUGACCAAAAUAAAAAGGAAAUAACCUAGAACAGACAAUAUCAACAGAAAGUGACAGAGAAAUUUCCUGAAAACUAACAGGAAGUCAACAAAAUACACAGGAAGUAACCCGGAAAAUCAACAGAAAUGCCCAGAAAUCAACAGGAAGUAACCUGUAAAUGCCUCAAAAUCGAAGGGAAUUGACCAAAAUAUGCAGGAAGUUACCCAGAAAUGACCCGAACCAGAAAUUUUACCAAAAUUAACAGGAAAUGACCAAAAUAAAAAUAAUAAAUAAUAAUAAUUAAAGAAGUAACUUGGAAAAUACCUUGAAUUGACAGCAGAAGUGCCCAAAAAUCAACAGGAAAUCACCUGUAAUUGCACCAAAAUCAACAGGAAGUGACCAAACCACACAGGAAGUCACCCAGAAAUUACCCAAAACAAAGGAAAAUAUUUACAAUUCAAUAUAAAUGUAUCGGAAAUGACCGAGAAAUGCCCCAAAAUCAACCUGAAUCGAUCCAGAGCAAAUAGGAAGUGACUUGGGAAUGCGUCAAAAUCAACAGAAAGUGACCUAGAAUUUAACUUAGUUAACAGGAAAUAAUCAACAUAAACAGGAAGUACCCUAGAGUUGACUUGACAUCAAUAGAAAGUGACCCAAAAAUUCCUUAAAAUAAAAUCAACAGGAAGUGACCAAAAUGCACAAGAAGUUUCCCAGAAAUGACCUAAAAUCAACAGGAAGUUACCCGGAAUUUGACCCAAAAUCGAUAGGAAGUGACCUAGAAAUUUCUAAAAAUCUACGGGAAGUGAUUUUUGUCACUUCCUGUAGACAGUUUACCAGAAAUUACCAAAAAUCAAAAAGAAGCAACCUGGAAUUGAACCUAAAUUAACUGGAAGUGACCCAGGUAUGCCCCCAAAAUCAGCAGGAAGUGAAAAUUAACCGAAAGGGUCAAACAAGUUUAAAUGAAUUUAGUACACAUUCCAGGCAUGAAAUCAUGAUUCAACAUUUUUCAUUUGGAUGCCAUUUCAGUCCACUGGCAUGCAUUUGCUAACUAAUUCAAACAGUUAGCAACUCCUGUCUUCAUCCAAAAAGUCAUAAAAUACUCCUAAAUCAUCAUUUUUUACCUUGAAGAUCCAUACAAAAGUCGUUUUGUUACACAUGGUUUUCUUACCAUAGACUCUGUAUCCCAUAAUGCAUUGGGUGCACAUUCAAAAAGCUGCUACAUUUGAACGUAUAAACAUCUAAUUCUAUGCAACGUCCGACUCAUUUUGCUAUGCUAGCUAAAAUAUGAUCUCUGGCUCCCAAUGACGACUAUCGCCGUCAAUGAAACAUAAUCAGAAGUGUAAUCCACCACUCCAGAGAUACUUUCAUUUUGUUUUUGAUUGGUGAAAAAGUUCCUGAUACUUGUAGUUCUCUACUGUUUUUGUUUUUUGUUAAGUCUACAGCACUGAGAAGUAACACUUACUCUGUGUCGAAUGUUUGAAUUUCUGUGAUGCUGCAGUAUUUUGUGACUCGGAAAGUGAAAGUCUUGUAAAUCUCCAUAAACAAGCAAUAAUUCCCUAAACCAUUGUGUGAUGUGUGACCUUUGACCUGUUCAUUUCCCAGCAUACAGUAUCACCUAGCUUGCAAACUGAAAGAGGCUAAUAUGUUGUCGUAAAAUUCCUAUUUUGACCUCUAUGACCUUUUACCGGUUCUCAUUCCUAUUCUGACCUCUAUGACCUUUGACCGGUUCUCAUACAGUUUCACCUAGCCUGUAAAUUGAAAUAGGCUAAUGUGCUAUAAAGUUGUCAUGAAAUUCCUAUGCUGAUAUCUGUGACCUUUGACCUGUUCUCAUUAUACGGUAUGACCCAUGUUGAAAAUUUAAAUGGGCUAAUGCGUUACAAAGUUGCCGUAGAAUUCCUUGUCUGACUUCAGUGACCUUUGAUCUGUUCUUUUCAACAUAUCACCUAGCUUGCAAAUUUAAAUAGGCUAAUAUGUUAAAAAGUUGUCGUAAAAUUCCUUUUCUGACCUCAGUGACCUUUGACCUGUUCUUUUCUCAUCAUAUCACCUAGCUUGCAAAUUUAAGUAGGGUAAAGCGCUAUAAAGCUGUUGAGAUUCGUAUUCUGACUUCAAUGACCU